AUGACAGAGUAUACUUUUCCAAAGGCAACAAACAAUGGAGGUGUAGAAGGAUCGCUUAUUAAGAAAUUCCUUGGUGGACCCAACAUUGUGUUUCUCAGUGGUGCUGACUGGAAACGACAUCGAAAGAUUGCAAACUUGGCUUUCCAACGCUCGAUGCCUAUCAAAUUAUUUGGUAAGCUUACCAAAAAGAUGUUUGAAUCAAUGGAAGAUCAUGGUUAUGACAAUGUCGAUGUAAAUGACUUGUUCCAAAGAUUUACACUGGACGCUAUUGGUAUCGGAGGAUUCGGUUUUGAUUUCAAUGCCCUUAGUGAUAAAGACAGUCAAUGGGUCAAAAACUAUGAAUCUAUUAUGCAAGGUAUGGCUAGCCCAUUUUUCAUUGCUUUCCCAGCAUUUGAUACAACCUACCGCCAUUGGUUUAAAAAGCGAUUGGAAGUUCACAACAACUUGGACAUGUUCCUCGAUAAUAUCGAUAAAAUGAUUGAACAAAAGAGAAAGAAUGUCUAUGAGAAUGCAGAGGCUAGCAGUUCUGAUGAAGAAAAAGAUUUAUUAACACUCAUGAUUGAGUCUGAAACAAAAGGUGCCGGUGAACGUAUGUCAGACGAAGAGCUUAGGAGCAACCUGUGUAUCUUCUUUUUAGCUGGUCAUGAUACCACUGCAAAUACACUUGCAGCCAUUCUUUAUGAACUUGCAAAGCAUCCAGAAAUUCAAGAAAGGGCAAGACAAGAAGCGAUCCGUAUACUCGGAGAUGGCCCUGAAGACAUUGUUCCUACUUUUGAUCAGCUAAAGGAACUGUCAUAUAUCAAUAUGAUUAUAAAAGAGACCUUGCGUCGACAUCCCCCGGCUUAUGCAACCACAGAUAGAGUUACUCAAGAAGACCUCAUGCUUGGCGGCAUGCAUAUUCCCAAAGGGUCGGGAUUGGCUAUUGAUAUUUAUUUGCUUCAUCAUAACCCAGAUGUUUGGGCAGAUCCUUUUGAAUUUAAGCCUGAAAGAUUUGCCCCAGGCGGAGAAGCAGAACAUCAAAAGGGGAUUGCAUGGGCGCCGUUUAGCAAUGGCGGUCGUCAAUGUGUUGGCAUGAAUUUUAGUCUCACUGAACAGCGUGUGUUGAUACCCAUGUUACUGAAAAAAUUUACCUGGACAUUACCCAAAGACUCACCACACAAGGAGGAGCUCCUAAAAAGAGGUAUCGCUUGGGGCUUGGUUACUUUUAGCGAUAAGGUCAAAAUUAAUUUCAAAAAAAGACAUUCAUAA